CUCGAUGCCCUCGUUCGGUAUUUCGUCACCGAACUUGAUUGGUAACUCGGCUUCAGUGGCGAUGAUCUUUCGACACGAGGGCUGAUGCUGUUCCCAAAUAGGAUGAAGCAAAUAGUCGAUGCACAUCAAUUCCUGCUACAAUACGAGCAGUGGUGGAAAAAGGAUCGACCGCUGGCUGCUCCUGACAUAGAAUUCGCGGUCCUCAUCCUGCGAGUCUGCCUAUACACAGCACAUUUUACGUCUUCAGCUCUGCGAACCAUCGACCGCGAGACCAUUUUACCGCUCCCAGAAAUCCGAGCUGCUUGCUCGGAGAUCGGCAACAGUCUUGCAAAAGUGUGCGUUGCAUUAGACUGGAAGGGGUUUCUAGUCCGGGUCCACCACUGCUUGUAUGCGGCCAUCAGAUAUUCCUGCGAGGGAAGAACAGAUAAGUACUGGGAGGGCAUUGCACGAGCGACUCAAGCUGCGCAACGUGCCGAAAUCCACCGUCGCUCAGCCAAAAAUGAUGUGAGAUGGGACAUGGACGCCGAAAUGCGGCGAAGAGUUAUGUGUAGCUUGUACAUCUUCGAUUGUUAUCUCGUCAGACAGCUCGAUCGUGUCCCAUUUCUCCCAGACAGCUUCGUCGAUUACUAUUCUGCCGAGAUUCCUUCAAAUGAAGAGUUCGAUGCGCAGUGUAAUUUCGCCGUCGAUGAGCCAGCACUUUUCACCGAGCGAUAUCUACAAUUUCGCCUUGCCAGGUUCUGGAGGCUGGUCUCUCCUGCCCGAGACUCUUGUUACGAUCCAGUUCAAGCCGAAGAGCGACACGAGAGGCUCCAUGAAGAAUUCCUUGGGCGAUUGCCGUCAGCAUUCUCCCUGACACCCCAGAAGAAAUGGGAUGAUGAGCUUCCAAGACUACGCGCUCAAAGACAGCUUCUGCACAUUUACAUCUAUGAUUCGAUAUGCUGGAAUUUCCGUCCAGCACUACUGCUGCGACCCGAUCAGAUCGCCCCACUGCCUGAAUACAAGCGCGUACUGUUGAGAUCCCAAAAACAAACCAUCGCCAACGCCGCGGUACGCGAACUCGAAGCAGUAUCAUCUCUACACGCCUUGUUUCCCGAUGGUUGCUCCCAUUUUGGUACCAUUGUCUUCAACACCUUUGAGGCUGCCGUUAUCAUUUUGACACUUUGCACCCAUGCCGACCUUCGACUUGAGGAUGAUCACGGCAGUCUUUUGAAGAAGAGUAUCCCAUCGGGGAGUGUCAGCCGUGCGGAGAUGAUCAGAGCAGCGGAGAUAGCCCUGAGCCGGCUGCAGACCCUUGCAGCUGUGAACGACAUGGCAGCGGCUGGAGCAAAGACUCUAACUCAACUCUACUCUAGCGUUAUAAAUGGGAGCGGGUCAAGGUCGAUGAUUGGAGAACCAAAUUCUCUGGAGGAAAAUGCAUGGGCGCAUCAAUUGUGGUCAUCCUAAAAGAGUUGAGCAUCAAGUGAAGUUCAUUGGUCCUCCUCUGUCCCGCACCCAUCGCAACAGUCGACGAACAGAAUCACAAAACACACGCCUGGAUGGUAAAUAUUUCUAUCAAGCAAAGCCACCAUGAAGAUAUCGCUAUCUAUUUAGACUCAAGUAUAUCGAUCAACCUCGCAUUUUAUUCUUCUAAGCUGAUCCACAUGCGCCAUACAAAGCGACCCGUUCAAACGAUGCACGCCCAAGUAUCAGAUACAUCUUUGAUGGCCUGGUAUCCGGGUCGGAUAACCAGCGCCUCUUGCAUUUUUGACUACUCACGGGUUUGCGUGACGUCUCAUGCACGGUGCCAACACAAUCGUUAAUGCUCCGGCCACCAUGACGAGUAUGUAUGCAUUGUUGAUGGCAUCAACGACCACUGCAUCUAUACUCGCUCUGACAGUG